AUGUCUUGGGAUCAGACUUCUUUUGCACUUUCACCUCGCUCAAAGGGGUGCUACCUCGUCACCGAUGAAGUGGUGAGAAACGUUCCGGAGAUCAAGAACUAUAAGGUGGGUCUCUUGAACCUCUUUCUUCAGCACACCUCCGCUGGUUUGACUCUCAACGAGAACUGCGAUCCAGAUGUGAGAGAGGAUAUGACAACCUCGCUUGAUAGAAUGGCGCCUGAGGGUGACUUCUACAUUCACGCUGAUGAAGGUCCAGACGACAUGCCUGGGCACGUUAAGAGCAGCACUGUCGGUGUUUCCCUCACAAUCCCGAUUCUGAACGGUAGAUUGGCUACCGGCACGUGGCAGGGUAUUUGGUUAUGUGAGUUCAGAAGAUACAAACACAGCAGAAAGAUCGUGGCCACGAUUCAAGGCGAAAAGAAGUAA